AUGAGCCAUCCAGUAUUGGUGAAAUCGUCUCCUUCAAGCAUUCCUGGUUUCAAAAUCAGCAUCAAGGCCAAAGAGUCAGAGAUAAUGAUGAUGAUGAUGAUGACGAAGAAGCUGGCUUUGAACCAUCGAGUUCUGACGGUGCGGAAAUGGACUUGGCUACAGGCACAUCUUGUUUCAAGAACAGACAAGAAAGGGCAAGCUUAAAGGUUGACGAUGGGAGUGUUUCUAGAAAUGAGCCAUCCAGUUGUGCUGAAAACAACUCCUCUUCAAGCUCUCCUGGUUCCAAAAUGAGCACCAAUAGCCAAAGUACAGAGAUAAAGAAUGAACUGAUUCUAAAAAUGAGCCAUCCAGUAUUGGUGAAAACGUCUCCUUCAAGCAUUCCUGGUUCCAAAAUCAGCAUCAAAGGCCAAAGCGUCAGAGAUAAUGAUGAUGAUGACGAAGAAGCUGGCAUUGAACCUUCCAGUUCUAACUGCAGAAAUGGACUCAGCUACAAGCACAUCUUGUUUCAAAAACAGACAAGAAAGGGCAAGCUUAAGGAUAAGGCUGGUAAUGAAGGUUAUGGUGACGAAGAAGCUUGCUCCGAACCUUUAAGUUCUAACGCACUGUUAGAAAAAAGGACACAUCUUCACGCACAUCUGGUUACAAGUACAGAGAAGAAAGGGCAUGUAAGGGGUAAUGAAGGUGGUGGUGACGAAGAAGCUUGCUCUGAACCUGUAAGUUCCAACGCACUGUUAGAAAAGGACACAUCUUCACGCACAUCUGGUGUCAAGUACAGAGAAGAAAGGGCGAGCGUAAGGGGUAAUGAAGGUGGUGGUGACGAAGAAGCUUGCUCUGAACCUUUAAGUUCCAAUGCACUGUUAGAAAAGGACACAUCUUCACGCACAUCUGGUUACAAGUACAGAGAAGAAAGGGCGAGCGUAAGGGACCCUGAAUCUUCUGACACAGACCAUGAUGUGCCAGUAAGACAACCACAUGCAAAACCUGGGCCGUCCACAACUGUAACCAUGUCGGGUCAUCCCAAGAGGCUUCAGAAACUCGGUGAAGACCAGAGUCAUCUUUUGAAGACGCUGUUCAAAACGAAUAUUGUGUUGAGGAAGGAGCUUAAGCGUGAAGACUGUGAAAGAGUAAUGCAAAAAUAUGAAAUUCUACACGGAUUGUCAUGGAAAAAAAUUAAAAAACACGAUUCAUAACUGGAUUACUGCUGAAAAGUGAAAACAAAAAUGAUUUUAUAGCUUUUUAGCCCACCUGCGCACAAUGUUCUCAUGGUGAGCUUAUGUGAUCGCUUUUUGCCCGUUGUCC